UUCAACAUCUCUCACUACUUCUAUUUGCCUCGUCUCCUUCACUUCGGUUUCCUUUCCCGAAGAAGUGCAUGUACGAUCAUGGCUGAGUCAGAUAGUAGUACCAAUGCUGGGAAAAAGCUUAUUCAAAUUGAUAUCAGCUCAGACACUGUAUGCCCAUGGUGUUUUGUGGGCAAAAAAAAUCUUGAUAAAGCUAUAGCUGCUUCUAAGGAUCAAUAUGACUUUGAGAUAAGAUGGCAUCCAUAUCAGCUUAAUCCUAAUUCCCCCAAAGCAGGUGUUGAUAAGAGAGAGUACUACUAUGAAAAGUUCGGGCCUCAAUCGGCACGGAUGGAAGCUCGGAUGUCAGAGGUUUUCAAGAAGAUUGGACUGGAAUAUAGCCUCUCUGGACUAACGGGAAAUACUCUCGACAGCCACAGGCUUAUAUAUUUUGCUGGGAAACAGGGUCCUGAUAAGCAACAUAAUGUCGUGGAGGAAUUGUGCAUUGGAUACUUCACAGAGGCAAAAUAUAUUGGUGACUGGAAAUUUCUUGUGGAAUGUGCUACUAAAGCUGGUGUAGAAGGGGCAGCAGAGUUUCUGCUAGACCCCAAUAAUGGGGUCACGGAGGUUAAAGAAGAGCUGGAGAAGUACUCAGCAAAUCUUGCAGGAGUCCCAUUUUACUUGAUUAACAAUGGGAAACAGAGACUGAGUGGCGCCCAACCCCCUGAAAUAUUCUUGAAAGCUUUUGAAGUAGCCUCAAAUUGAUAUGAAACGACACUUGAAAAUGCUUAUUUUCUGCUUCUAUGAAGUUUAUCUAUUGACUACAGUGUGCCUUUUGCUGUGUCCUGUGCUCUAGCUUUAACUCUACCGUACCUUAUGUAAUAGAAUAAACACAUUGAGAAAUAACAAAAUUUCUGGUUAGAUUUGAGUUUGGCAAUUGGCAUAGAUGAUGUGAAUACCAAUAUCUAAACUAACGAAACAAAC